AUGGCAAACGAAAAUUUCAAAGUCAUAGUCGUUGGUGGAGGCCCGGUAGGCUUGACUUUGGCACACUCGCUUGCUAAAGCCGGCAUUGACUAUCUCAUCCUGGAGGGCCGCCGGGGAGUCGCGGAAGAUGAAGGCGCGAGUCUGGUUCUUUCACCUCACGGAAUGCGUGCCCUGGCACAGCUCGGACUCCUGGAUAGUCUUCUCAAGAUCAGCGUAGAGGCAUCCGAUAUGCGGUGCACAACCAGCGACGGCCGCAUGUUAAAGAGCUUUCAAAUUGAGGGUGUACUCGCAAAGGCCCAUGGCGUUGGGUCGUAUAUAUUCCACCGAGCUCACCUGGUCAAGACGUUGUAUGACGGCCUGAGCAAGACACACAAGUCUCGCGUUCUGAGUAAUAAGAAGGUGGUGGAUAUCGUAUCUGAUGAUUCGGGUGUCACUGUUAGCUGCGCGGACGGGACAAAAUACGAAGGAUCUAUUGUCAUCGGUGCUGAUGGCGUACAUAGCCGAACACGGGAACGAAUGCGUUCACUUGCAUUGAAGGCAUCGCCAACCAUCGAUAUCGAUGAAGACAAGCCUUUCACGUGUCAUUACAAGACGUUGUGGUGCUCUUUCCCCCUACAGGGGGAUAAGAACGGUGGCCCCCCAGGAACAACGUGGGCUGCGCACGCCAGAGACCACUCAACUCAGUACAUCGUAGGGCGGGAGAGGGCCUGGAUCUUCUUAUAUGAGCGUCUCCCCAACGCACCGGUGAGGAUGGGAACUCGCUACACGGAACAGGAUGCUAUCGAGCUGGCUAGAAAAUGGGGCGAUAUGGCUAUCAGCGAGACACUGACAGUAAAAGACGUGUUCCCGCAGCGAUAUUCUGUCGGCAUGGCGGCCCUUGAGGAGGGUAUCCUGAAACGCUGGUCUUGGGGGCGGAUAGUACUUACCGGCGAUGCCGCGCACAAAUUCACACCAAAUCAAGGGCUCGGGUAUAUCAACGGCCUUCAGGACGCGAUGGUCCUUACCAAUGAGCUUUACCGGGCUUUACAUACCCCUUCGCGAGAGCACGGUGGUAAGAAGAACAAGAACGACCCAAGACUUGAGACAUUGUCUGCCGCGUUCGAGCGUUACCAGAAUUUGCGCAUAAACGAGGUUAAAGAUGAUUGGAAACUCUCGAGUUUAGAGACGCGAAUGUCUGCUUGGUCUAAUCCGUUGUAUUGGGGGUUCGACUAUUGGAUCCAACCCUAUCUGCCCCGACUUUUCCAUCUUCUUGUGUUGAAGAACGUCGUUUCGGAGCGUGUUCGUAAAGGACACGUGCUUGACUUCUUGGACGAUGAGGAGCCGAUCCCAACUGCGACUAUUCCUUGGAAGCACCCUAUUCCGGGCCGCCAAAUGAUUUAUGAGGAGUCGAGUAUUUUCGUAUACCUACCUAGCUAG